AUGGGAGUAGAAGAAGAGGGCUUUAGGGGUUGGCCGCCGGCGCCGAGUAGUGCGCCUCCAUACGUACAGAAAGAUGACCACUGGUCCCAUUUUGAUAACUCGGUUAAUGCAGUUUCAUUUGGGUUUGUUGCCACCGCCAUUCUCAUUUCUAUGUUUCUUGUCAUGGCUAUCUUUGAGAAGUUCCUCAGAACUACCUCGCCGGAUCUCACGCCCUCCAGUGACCCCCGCCGCCGCACUGACAUUGAGUCUCAGAAUCACAUAAUUAGUAGGUUCAAUUCAAAGCUUGGGCACCCAUCACCUAAAAUACCAAUUAAUGCCAGAGAAGUUCCAGUGCUGAUGCCCGGAGAUAUUGUUCCAACUUUUAUUGCACAGCCAGCUCCUGUGCCCUGCCCCCCGGAGGGCAUGCCCUCUCCUUCAUUAGCAUAG